GCGACGUCGGCCAAUGCUUUACGACCGUGGAAUCCUAAUUAUAAUCACGCCGAUAGGGAAAGAUGGUUGUGCAUAUAUCCAGUUUAUUUAAAUGGCAAGAAGACUGUUGCAGAGGGGAGAAGAGUACCAAAAACUAAGGCUGUAGACAACCCAACAGCUUCAGAGAUCAGAGAUGUUCUAUCUGCUUUGGGUCUGCCCAUAAUGAUGGAGGAUAAAGUACACCCGCGUGAACGAGAUAGAAAUGCCAAAGGAAGAGUCAGGGUUCAAUUGAAAAAUGAAAACAAUGUUCCUCUAAACCCACAGUUUACAAACAAAUAUGGUGUACUUGAGCAUGUCUGCCAAAUGAUCCCAAAAUUAAAAACGAGAACACAGAAUCCAUCCUCCUUGAUCUCUCAGCCAACUCAGGCUGGUCAAUCUAACAGUGCAACUGGGGGUGGUAAAAAGAAUAAGGGAAAGAGG